ACGAAAAGUAGAUCCUUCGGCCGAAACCCGAAAGAAGGGUGCACAUUCAAUGCAAACGGAUUUGGCUGUAAAACAAAGACUGUUUUAUCUGUGACUUGUAGUCGUAGAUAUAAAAAAUUAAAAUCCUAGUCAAACAGCCAAAUUAAUUAAUCGGACAAACCUUGUUUCUUGGCAUCCAAGACUUCGUGAAAUUAAUCAAAACCCAACAGAGUUCCAAAUCCCGAACUACUCCCUCUUUUCUACGGUCGAAAUCUCUUUUCUUCUUGGCAUUCCUUCUCAUCCCAUCAAUUGUAAUAAUAAUAGUAAUAUGGCCGCCGCCGCCGCCGCCGAGGAAGAGGACGGAGAGAAAGAGCAUCCGGAGGCGUCUGUCCCCGGCAUGGACGCGGCGGCGAUCGAGGCGGUGGAGGGGAUACUGGAUUACGAAUUUGGGGACAAGAGGAUGGUGGAGGAGGCGCUGACGCACGGGUCGUUCUACUGCCCGUACAAGCCGGGGGUGUCGUACGAGCGGCUGGAGUUCGUGGGCGAUGCCGUGCUCAACCUGGUGGUGGCCCACGAGGUUUUCGCAACCUACCCGCAGCUCUCCCCCGGCCCCCUCACCCGCCUCCGCGCUGCCAACGUCGACAAGGAGAAGCUCGCCCGCAUCGCCGUCUCCCACGGCCUCCAUCGCUUCCUCCGCCACAAAGCUCCUCAACUCGAAGGUCAGAUUCAAGAUUUCAUGGAAGCAAUGCUUGAUUAUCCGAUACAUUCAAAUGGGCUCUUAGAUCCGCCUAAGGUCCUCGCUGACAUAGUUGAAUCUCUCCUUGGUGCGGUCUUCAUAGAUUCCAACAAAUCUCUGGAUACAGUUUCGAAGGUAUUCAAGAAGCUAGCUGAGCCACUCAUCAGGCUGGAGACAUUAGGAAAGCACCCAGUUAGCGAGCUUUACGAGCUGUGUCAAAAGUUAGGGUGGGGUGUGAGGUUCAUGAAGGACGGGUGGACUGAAAAUUUGACGGUUGAGGUCUUGAUCGACGGCAAGAUGGUCGGUAGUGCCACCUACGGUCACAAGAAGGAAAUUGCUCAAAAUCGUGCUGCAAAGGCUGCCCUCGACAAGCUCAAGGAGACCUUGGGGGAUAUGAGCUUAUCGGCACGUAGUCCCGACUGAAAUGUGUUGUGGCUCAUUUUGAGUAAAAUAGUUUCUGCACAGUAUCCUCAUUUGAGCUGUUUUUGAGUUUCUAUUAUUACGUUGGAGGAAGAAAUGUAAAAAAAAGGGCAUUAUAUUCUUGUUUCUGUAUACCUGACACUAGAAUUGUACACCAUUGUUUCAUUUCGAAUAAACUUUGGUCUCCGAACUUUCGACUCAUUUCA